AUGACAUGCCUCUCUCUAGGGGCACGACAGUCGGAUGGAUGGAUCCAACAUCGCGAGCUCCCAAGCCACUUGACCUAUGAUAUUUGUUCUUGGGAAAUUUUACAAGAUCUCCUCAUAACUAAUGUGAAGGAAGAAGGCGAAGCUCAUGGUCGCGUCAAGCCGCCAAAGGGCUCAGAGUUCACCUCCAUUAAGAUUGGUAAGCAGAAAGAAGAAGCAAUUCCGGUUUUCCGCACCAAGGCAUCCAACAUGAGCAGCAUUGAGCACCUGUUCAUUGUUCUUCAUGGGAAGCGGCGCGAUGGCGAUCAUUAUUGGAGCACUAUGCAUAAGGCAAUUAGCGAUGCUCGUGAGAAUGACUCUGUGAGGGUAAAGAGGAAGACUAUGGUCAUCGCUCCUCAGUUUUUCUCUAAAACGUACAACUCUGGUCAAUAUACUAAGAACCAACUUGCAUGGGGCGACAUCAAUACAUGCCAAGCAGGCUUACAGGCGGUACAUCCCAAAGGCACAAACAUGACUUCAAUCGAUGUAUUGGAUGGCCUGGCUCACGCAGUUUCAAACAAAUCAACUUAUCCAAGCAUGACAAACAUCACAAUUGUUGGCCAUGGCGGAGGGGGUCAGCUUUCACAGAGAUACGCAGCCGUGGGCAAAGACGGGCCAGAAUAUAUCCACAUUUGA